AUGAACUCAGAAACUCAGAUUAAACCAUUUAUGGGCCAUAAAGAUAUUUGGAGUGAUGACUUGGUGUCUUGUGAAGAUACAGAUGAAUGUUCAUCCCAGGUUCCUAAAAUGACAUACCAAUUCUCGAAUACUUUGAAAGACAAUAAGGGGAAAUCUAAUAAAGAAGACUUCUGAUGACUCCCAAUGACUCCAAAGGACGGAGAUAAUGGUGAAGCUCAGGAAAGCAACUCAGAGCAAGCUGCUUUUCGCGAAGAUCUUUCUCUUUCUAAACCCUGAAGUUUACGUUGUAAGAAGCCUAAAGCAAAGACUUUCACCUUAAAUUCUCAGAAGAGAUAUUUGAGUAUAAAGGAGGUAAAAUUACUGAGGAAAGUGUCAUCAAGUGAGAUCCUCCAGGUUUUGCUGAACUAAACUCUAACUUAUCAUCUUCCAAUGACUUAAGGAUCCCUAAUUAAUAUUUCUGUAUAAUUAUGAU